AUGGCGCCCAUCGAGCAGACAAUCGAGAAUGCAUCCCCUACCUUACUUGAGAUGGAGGAGGACCGCCGUCAGUCUAUGAGUCAACAAAAGUCAGUGCCGACGGAACCAGAGACUGAUCCUGUGGCAAUCAAAUCCGGUACAGAAGGGGAGCAAGAAAACAAGUCGCCCCGAAAUGUUUGGAUUGCCCUCUUCCUCUCCACCAUCGAGACCACCGUUGUCAGUACCUCGUUGGUUUCGAUCACCAACGCCUUGAAUGGCUUCCUGAUUAAGGACUGGGUUGUCACUGCAUACCUACUAACCUACACGGGAUUCCUCACUAUCUUCGCUAAAUUCAGUGACAUCUUUGGCAGGAAGACAAUGCUCAUCCUCGCCCUGAUUAUUUUCUCUUUUUCUUCCCUUCUCUGCGGUAUCUCUAACGCGAUUGAUUAUAUUCCGUGCAUUCCGGGUAUUGGGGCGUCGGGGAUCUACUCCAUGGUCAUGGUGAUUGCGACGGACAUGGUGACCCCCGAGAAAUAUGGCAAGUACAUGGGCAUUGUAUCAACUGUUUUUAUCGUCGCCAGUGUCAUGGGCCCCGUCCUUGGUGGCGUUAUCAACACGCAUUCUUCAUGGAGAUGGGUCUUCCUUUUUAAUGUUCCAGGGGGCCUCGUGGCCCUUGUCUUGAUAGUGUGGUGUCUACCAACAUCUGAGACGAGCUCGAGGCUGACGUUGCGCAAACGCCUGCGGACCAAGCUGUCCAAGUCGGAGUUUGCCCGAGUGGAUAUAUGUGGCAUGUUUCUGUUGCUCGCCUCUUCCGUUCUACUUGUUUUUGCUUUGGAGGAAGGAGGAAGUCGGUACCCGUGGGACAGCGCCGCCAUUAUUGCCCCGGUGGUGCUGGCAAUCAUCGCUGCCAUCGUUCUCGUAAGCUGGGAGGCUUUCCUUCAGAAGAGAGGAUCGGUCCAGGAACCAGUCUUUCCUCCUAGCAUUCUCAAGGAUAGGCUGCUGACAGCCAUGCUGCUUACAGCCUUUUUUGUCGGCUUCCCGUUUGUGGCCAUCGUUGUCAACGUGCCGCAGAGAGCGCAGGCUGUGAGCAGUCUGUCCCCACUCAGGGCCGGUCUCGCCUUGCUACCAUUGUUGCUCGCAUCCCCAUUUGCAACAGCCUUGUCUGGGUUCUUGACCAGCAAUUUGAAAAUCCCACCCUUUUACCUUGUCCUCGGGGCGUCAAUCUUGCAGUUGAUUAGAGUUGGAUUGUCUUGCUCAUACCCUACUGAUCAGACCAAGGUUCCUCCAUCGCAGUACGGCUUUGAAGUGAUUAUGGGGAUAGGUUUUGGAAUGGGCCUGACCACGAUCCUCACAUUCGCUCGUGCAGUGGCGGGAGAAAAGCACAUGGCGGUCGUGAUGGGUGCCAUAACGCAGGUCCGCGUGCUGGGAGGGACAAUAUCACCCGCGAUUUGUUCUACAAUCCUCAAUAAUCAUGUGAAGCCUCGCAUCCUGUCUAUUGUCUCCCCGAAGCAGGCGCAGACAAUCUAUGACUCGCUGUCUGCCAUCCAGGACUUGACUCCGUCUCAGCAGGCGGCAGUGAAAAGGGCGUUUGCUGAGGGCUAUAAUUUACAGAAUAUAUUCAUGACUGCACUCACGGCUCUCGGUCUUAUAGCAGCAUGUUUUCUGUGGGAGAGGCAUCCGAGAAAAGCAGUGUAG